AUGAGAGAGGAUUUUCUUGGGUUGAUCAGCACUGUCAUGGAAGAGUUGGUCAUAGUGGUGGACUUGCGCCUUAGGAUUCUGCACAUCGAGUUGGUGAAUGGUUUUCCAUGGGGUCACAGAGUCACCUUAAAGGAGUUUGAUGCUUUUGAAACUCCUUGUUUCUUUGGGAGUACGGAUCCAAUCCUCAGUAUGUGUUGGAUUUCCGAUGUGGAAAGUGCCUUUUGCGCCUGUUUUUGUCCAACGGAGGACAAGUCAGAUUUAAAACAUGCUUUAUGCACGAUGAAGCUAAGGAUUGGUGGUGCAAGGUCAUUGAGAGUCUCAAAGCGGAAGCAAUCGAUUUUAUGA